CAGCGACGAGUGUUUCGAAGGGCCAAGCGACCAUGACAACCAUCAGAUCGGGGACAAAUAACGUAUCAUAAAAACAAAGCACUACGCCAAACUUUCGUCUGGAAGGCUACCAAAGAAACAAAGGAACCAUGGCCAUGAAUAGUAGAUUCCUCCUGGUGCUGUUUGCCUUGUUGGCGGCUGUCUCCUCUUCGUUUACAAUCCCCUCCAACGCAAGGACUAUUACCACCCGCAUCCAUGCGGGCCCUGCCGUGCUGGAACCUACCAUCAAGGAACCCGAAACCGUUGAAAAGGAAGAUUUGGAAGAUAAAACCAAAGACGAGUCCAAGUAUAAGAAAGGCGGAUGGGCUGUUCGAUUGUUUAAUGAUCCCAUGAACAAGAGAGAGUUUGUAGCCAUGUGCCUCUCCAAGAUUACAGGACUCUCGGAUGGACAGGCGUAUCAAGUCAUGAUGCAGGCACAUCAGAAUGGUGUCUCGGUUGUCGGACGGUACGAUCAGGAACGGGCCGAGCUCUACCGCGACUCGCUUCGAGACAACGGACUUAGCGUGGAUAUGAUCCCUGUCGAAGACGAUUAGAAAGGGAACUAAACUUUCACGACGUGAACUUUUGCGAUUUCUCGACAAAAGGCGCUAUGAAAGAAGCAAUUGCCCCACCAACCAGAGUCCUACCGAAGACUCCAUCUUAGUUGAGAGAAAUCUCGUUGCCACCAGACCAAUCCACAACAACAAACCAAGUACACAGGUGAAAAAGGUGGUCCCGUACAGUACCCGCACUCAUUUUCCUCCACAAUCAUUCACAAG